GUCCACUCCAACUAAUAUGGUGUACACGACGGUCGCAACGCAAGAGAAGGCCCAUGACGGCGCCAUCUGGUCUCUGGCUUGGAGCGCGAACGAUCUCGUCGUCUCGGGUGGCCUGGACGGCAAGGUCAAAGCCUGGGGCUGGACUGGCAGCAAGCUCGAGCCGCGCGUCGCGUUUGAUGGCCAUGCAUUGAGCGUCGUCUCAGUCGCGAUCAACCCUGCAGGCACAGUUGCGGCAUCAUCGUCGAUGGACGGCACGAUCGCGUUGUGGGAUUUGCAAACGCUGGCACCAGCAUCUCGUGGCGUUAUCGAUGCGGACGCAAUGCAAUGCUGGACAGUCGCCUUCUCUUCCAACGGCGAGUCUAUUGCAACCGGCGGCGAAAAGGGGAACAUUAGUGUCUUUGACGUUGCGACGGGAAACAAGCAUGACGGCUUUGAGCCGCGCGGCAAGUUUUCGUUGAGCGUUGCCUAUUCGCCCAACGGACGCUUUGUUGCUUGCGGUGCACAAGACGGUAUCGUGCACAUUUUUGACGUUGAGCAAAACAAACUAAUGCACAAACUCGAGGCGCAUGCAAUGCCAGUUCGUGCGCUGGCAUUCUCUCCAGACUCGGCACUCUUGCUGACUGGCUCCGAUGACGCCCUCAUCAAGCUCCAUGACGUCGAGCAUGGAAACAAUCUGUACACGUUCUCUGGUCAUGCAUCAUGGAUUACCUCACUGGCAUUUUCUCCAAAUGGUGUUCACUUUAGCUCAUCAUCGAUUGACAAGAAGGUCAAGGUGUGGGAUAUUUCAACGCACGAGACUUUGCAUACAUUUGACACGCAUGAUGAUCAGGUCUGGGCAAUUGCAUACAACCGAACUGGUGAUCGAAUGGCCUCGGCAGCAAACAAUGGGAAAAUUCACGUGUACGAGUGCUCUUAACAGCAAAGAACUCGACCAGACAUCUCUCUUUUUGUUGUUUCGCUGUUUGUGCUAUUUUGUUCCCAGUGCCAAUCGCCGAUGGUAAUCAGUUUGUCCGACACAGUACAACCCAACAAAACCCAUCGUGCCAAAAAAGAGAAACCAAAUAGAAAACCAGAAUCUAUUUG